AAGGGGAGGUUUUGUCGGAACAAUUUGUUCAGUCUCUCUCUCUCUCUCUCUAUAUCUAGAAAAGCAGAAAGACAGAGCAAUUCCUAUCACAAUGGCAGAUCAACUCUCCGAUGAACAGAUCUCUGAGUUCAAGGAAGCAUUCAGCUUGUUCGAUAAGGAUGGCGAUGGUAUGCACUUAUGUUUGGUUUUCGAUAAUUUUUACAGAAUUUUUUGUUGCAUCACAACCAAGGAGCUUGGAACUGUUAUGCGGUCAUUAGGUCAGAACCCAACAGAGGCAGAGCUCCAAGACAUGAUCAAUGAAGUUGAUGCUGAUGGUAACGGUACAAUCGAUUUCCCUGAGUUUCUAAACCUUAUGGCAAGGAAGAUGAAGGAUACUGAUUCUGAGGAGGAGCUGAAAGAGGCAUUCAGAGUUUUUGACAAGGAUCAGAAUGGUUUCAUUUCUGCUGCUGAGCUGCGCCAUGUGAUGACCAACCUUGGGGAGAAGCUAACUGAUGAAGAAGUUGAUGAGAUGAUUCGAGAGGCUGAUGUUGAUGGUGAUGGCCAAAUAAAUUAUGAUGAAUUUGUUAAGGUCAUGAUGGCCAAGUAGUAAUCACAACCUGAAUGAGAAUUUGGGGUUAAAAUAGGACAGAGACAAAGAAAAUUAGGACAAGGUUGUCUUUGUAGUACAACACCUAGUCCUAGCUUAAUGUCUUUUCUUCUUUCUACAUUUUUAUUUGAUGGUUUUGAAUCCAAUCUUAACGACAUUUAGUGGUUAGCUCUGCUGCUAAUGGUUGUGGUGGAAUGGUGUUUUUUUAGUUUGUCU